AACCCGUGACGGUCAUGAGGGUUUGUGGUGCCCCUCUCCUCUCUCCGACAUACCAAGGCCAGAUCUUUGAGGAGUGAAGGAACACAGAGCUACAAGGACCAAGAUACUCUCUGCAAUCUAAUUAUCCAAUUUGCUUAAUGCCCUGUAACCGUACAGACGGGAUGCCUCGUGGAGAUUUCAACAUUUAUUUUGCCAGCAGCAGGCGAGGAUACAUCAGAGCUGAGGAGGCAGUGGGCAUAGUUCUGCUGGUGGUAAUCCUGGCAUCUCUCCUAAUCCUGGGCUGCUGGUACUUCAAGAAGAGGAGUGGCUACAAAAUCAUCAGGCAGAGCCCUAGAUCGGGAACACCGAGUCACACAGAAGGCCAGUACUCAGAGGCGGGACCUUCAGCGGAUAACAAGAUGGCUGCCACUGACUUCGGCAGCUUCCGACCCACGGUUGCCAAUGCUCCUCCUGCCUACGAUAAGAUCUCCUCCGGGCCGCUGCCUCCCCCCUAUUCGCCCUGAAGGACUUCUGCAGAAGAUGGACAGAUGCCUGAAGAAACAGAAACACUGAAGAACAAACUGUUCUGUUGUCCGAUGAUGAAUAAUCCAAUGGUUUCUUAUAUGUCGUAGCUAAAUAUACCAAUAGAUGAAACUUUU